GAAAGGAGAUAUAGUAAGUUUUAAUUCAAUAGAUAUAUUAAAUAUCUAAUUUUUUUUUUUUUGGAAAUAGUUAAAAAUACAAGCCAAUGUGAACAAAUCUUGGAAAACGUCAAUGGAAGUAGGAGUCAAAGUAGAAGCCGAAUCACCUUUAUCUAGUGAACGUGUAUUUGUAGCACAUGCUUAUCUAACAUUUGUUGCCUUAUCACCACGACCUACACCACAUACAUAUCUUGGAAAACGAUUUGUACAAUAUAUGCCUAUUGCAGUACCACAUAUUAUCCCUAUGACGCCAAUGGAAACAAGAAGAUAUGAUAUGGCAGAAAAACGACGACAAAAUCGAUUAUCACGACCAAAAAUGGAUAGAUCUAAUAUUCGUGAAACAAUGCAAGCUUAUUCUCAAGGAUUAAAUUUACAUCAAACAAAAGAUGCACCUAUUCGUUCUCAUCCUGCAUUUACACCUCGUCAUAUGAUGAUGCAACAUGAACAAGAAGAAGAUACCAGACAUCAUCGAAGAUACUCUAUGGAUCCCAAAAUGUUACAACCUGUAGAUGCUAUGAAAAUGGAAGAUUCUUUUGCUGAAGUGGUUAAAUUGGUAAUGCCUCAACAUGCUAAUUCUCUUUCUAUUACUUUUGGUGGUCAGAUCAUUUCUUGGAUGGAACAAUGCGCUCUUAGUAGUGCUAAUCGAUUGGCCAAAGCUUAUUUAUUGACAGCAAGUAUUGAUUCUUUAAAUUUUAUUACAUCUACUCGUAUUGGAGAUGUUGUAACCAUUCGAUCCAUUGUAUCUAAAACUUACACUUCAUCUAUGGAAGUUUAUGUUAGUGUGGAAGCAGAAAAUUUACAAACAGGUCAAAUCAAUUUUACCAAUGAUGGAUUUUUUACUAUAACAGCUGUUGAUAGUGAUUUGGUACCAGUAGUGAUUCCUUGUGUAGUACCUCAAACUCAAGCUGAAAUAGAACUAUUUGAUGAAGGGAAUGAACGACGCAAUAAACGAUUAUUAUAUAGACAAGAAUUAUUAGAAUUAUUAGAUAGUCAUUCAUGAAAUAAAAACUAUAUUCUUUUUGGUCUUCAUAGUUUUGUACAACCACCCUUGCUACAAUCCCCAGUGAAUCUGACACUCAAUCUCCAAGCCAUUACGACUCAUCAGUGGACUGGCAGCGGUAUCUGAAUAUAAAAUUUUGUUGAUCAA